AUGGAAGAGUUUGUUGAAGACUCCAGCCUGGAGGAUUGGGAGGUGAUUGGCUCUGGGGGUUUUGGACAAAUCUACAAAGCCAGGCAUCAUCAGUGGGGCUAUGACGUGGCCAUCAAACUGCCUCUUCAGGACAAGGGGACCGAGAAGUCUUUGCUGCGUGAGAUCGAAAUGAUGCGUCAAGACCCGCAUGUUAUGGCCGUCCGAGGGGUCUUCAAGGGUCAAACGCCCUCUGGCAGGUCAUCGCAGCUUGGUGUGGUCAUGGAGCUCAUGGAGAGAGGAUCAUUGGUCUCCCUACAGGAAGCAUUGAGGGGAACUCCACCCUGGCUGCUGGUCUUCAGACUGGCUCACCAAGUGGCUCUGGGUAUAACCUACCUCCACAGUCUGCCCCGUCCCGUGCUCCACCAGGACCUGAAGCCCCAAAACGUGCUGCUGGACGAUGCUCUCAAUGCCAAGCUUACAGAUUUUGGCCUUUCCCGGAUUUCCUGCAGCGUCACACUGUCCAAGAACGGUGAACCACUAGGAGGGACGAUUAACUACAUGCCACCAGAGGCUUUAACAAGCACAUCGUACAAACCUACCAGAGCCUUUGAUAUCUACAGUUUCGGGAUACUCCUUUGGUCCAUUAUCACAGGGAAACAACCAUAUGCAACAGGUGGACCGCCCACAGCUGGAUGAUAUCAAGGGCGAUGCUGCCGGGUUGACAGAGUUGACAGGACUGAUGAAGAGAUGCUGGGAUCAUAAACCUGAACAAAGGCCCAGAGCCCUUGAGUGUACAACUGAGACAGAAAAACUGUUCAAGAUGCACAAACGUGAACUCAAUGAUGCUGUCCAUGAAGUGCUGA